CAAAAGACACGCACUCAUAGACUAGUACUAGUUUUCUCCCUCUCCCUUCCUGUACUCCAGACCAGACUACAGAGAGAGAGAGAGAGAGAGAUAAAGCAAGCAAAGCCAAAAGAAAAAGAAAAGAAAAGAUUGGCAUUUGAGAAAUGAGUAAAGCAAAAACCAUCUUGUCAUUGUUAGGGUUUUCUUAGAACUGCAAAAGAAAAUAAAAAAUUAUAAAAUAAAGAAACCCAGAAAAGCUAAUCUCUUUAAAGAAAAAAAUUCAAAUAUAUAUGAAAAAAAGAGUUGGUACCCAAAUGCAGGCACCCAAUUUGAAAUAUAGGAUCCGAUUCACCCAUUUAAGAUCUCACUGAUUGGUCUUUCAGAAUUUGCAUUGUGGGUUGGGUUCCUUUUGGACUGAAGAUCUGCUUGUUUCUGAGACUUGAUUAAUCAAGGCUUGACUACAUCCAUUUAUAUGAGGAGGUUGGAGCAUACAGAACUAGUUUAAAUAUACUGGUGAGAAAAUGAAAUCCAAUACACUUCUCGACUAUGCUGUGUUUGAACUGUUGCCAAACCUGACACGAUGUGACUUGUUUGUUUCAAGCAAUGGAAACACAGAGAAGCUUGUGUCUGGACCAGUAAAGCCAUUUAUAACUCAUUUGAAGGUUGCAGAAGAACAAGCUUCACAGGCAGUCCAGUCAAUUAAACUAGAGGUUGACCGGCGUAGAAAUGCUGAGACCUGGUUCACAAAAGGAACACUUGAGAGGUUUGUGCGUUUUGUCAGUUCACCGGAGGUUUUAGAGAUGGUCAAUACAUUUGAUGCAGAGAUGUCUCAGUUAGAAGCAGCCCGGAAAAUAUAUUCUCAGGGGUCUGGAGAUCAACUUUCUGGUGCUUUAGGCAGGGAUGGAACAGGAACCACAGCAGGAGCUGAUGCAACAAAGAAGGAGCUUCUAAGGGCGAUUGAUGUGAGGCUUGCUGCAGUUAGGGAGGAUUUAGCCACAGCCUAUGCUAAUGCAUCUGCUACUGGAUUCAACCUUGACACUGUUCCAGACCUCCAGCAUUUUGCAGAUCGCUUUGGUGCCCAUCGCUUGAAUGAGGCUUGUACCAAAUUUAUGUUACUGUGCCAGAGAAGACCAGACCUGACCAAUCCAUGGAAGCCAAUUGUGGGGGAUCAAGUGGUCCGGUCCUCGUGGGGAUCUGACAUGUCAAUUGAUGACCCCACUGAAGAUGAAAGUGGUUCCUACCUGACCAGGCCCCACCAAAACCCAUUCCAAAAUAAACACCAACAGCAGCAAGCUAGCCAAGAACUACAACAAAUAGAAACGACACAAACCCAAUUCCACCUUAACCAAUCCAAGUCCUCCACUUAUCAACAGCCCAAUUCCUCUCUCGCUACGCAGCAACAGACUAUUCAGAACGAGAACAAGGAAGAAGAAAAGAAGAAAGAGGAGGCUGUGACUAAUUCAUCAACAAGUCUACCAAGCCAAUCUUCUAGGAGACUCAGUGUUCAGGACAGGAUCAACCUAUUUGAGAACAAGCAGAAGGAGAGCUCAGGUGGCAAACCUGGAGCUGUAGGUAAAUCUGCAGAGCUGAGGAGACUAUCAUCUGAUGUUUCACCUGCAACUGCAACUGCAACUGCAACUGAAAAGGCUGUGUUGAGGAGAUGGAGUGGUGCAAGUGAUAUGAGCAUUGACUUGGGCAAUGACAAGAAGGAUGAUAACAAUAUAGACAGCCCCUUGUGUACACCCUCUUCAUCCUCUGUUUCUGGAACCAAAAGUAAUGUGUUUCCUGUCUCAUCAGAUGAUGAUAAGGACCAGAAAGGGUUGAAUGAUACAGAAAGUGCAGCAAAUUUAGUUAAGUUGGAGACUAAGAGCCUUUCUGGGUUGAAAGAUCAGGGUGACUUGCAAACUCAUGGUGGUGGGCCUGCGAGGAAGGAGAAGGAGGUGAAUUUGAAGGGGAAAGUGAAUUUGAAAGAUCAAGUAGGGUCUCUGGCCCAGUUGAGGUCAUCUGCAGGUAGAGGGGAGGAGUCAGGGGUGGGUGAUCAGGUGGUUUUGGAGAAGUUGAAGGGUACUUCAGGUGGGGAAGAGAGGACUGUUGGAGCUAAAGCUCAACUGAGUUUUCAGGAGAAGUCGAGAGGUUUUCCAGAUAAGGUGGAGAUUGUUGCAGUGAAAAACCAGGUUGAUCUGCAGACCCAGAUUGGAGGUUUUGUGGGCAGGGUUGGGAAUGUGGCGUCUGGGAAUAGAAUUGACGACAUUAAAAUAAGGGAUCAGUCCUCGAGUCAGUCAAGGUCUGGGGUUUCUCAGACUCAUACUAGAUCUUUUUCAGGACAGUUUGAAGGUGGUUUUGGAGUGAAGGAUAAGGAAUUGCCAACUAAAGUGACUGACUUGGAUCUGUCAGCUUCUCAGACACAGCAGAAAUUGUUUAAGGGUGAAGUUGAUCAGGCAAGGAAGGAGGACACUGAACAGAUAACAGAGGAUGAUCUUGAAGUUUCAAAAAUGAAGGUCCAGAAACAACCUUUUUUGGGUCCAGAGCAAUUUAGGAAGCUGCAGGGUAGGAGGGAUGAGAGUGGAUCUAUUCAUGGAAGCAACAAGCCUAGCUUUCCCAGUAAAAAGUAUUCUGAGAGUCAAGAGAGCAUUGGUUCUCAGCAAGUACCAUCAGCAGAUCAGUUUCAAAGGGUGAGGCAGUCUAAGGGGAAUCAAGAAUUAAAUGAUGAGCUGAAGAUAAAGGCAAAUGAGCUUGAAAAGCUUUUUGCUGAACACAAACUUCGCAUUCCUGGUGAUCAAUCCAGUUCUGCUCGGAGAGGCAAGCCUAGUGAAGUGCAAUCUGAACAGGCAGCAAGUUUACAGUACAGAAAACCAGUAGCUGUAGAGAUAUCUCCUGUUCAGUUUCAGGAAAAGACGGUGCUUGAACGAACUGGGAGUUCUAGUGAUACUGGAAAGUUUAGCACUCCACCAAGGAAGAUAGUAGAUCAUCAGGACUGUGGCAGUUCUCUGAGGCAGAGUUUCUCUGAGAUUAGUUUUUCAGAUGAUUCUAGAGGGAAAUUUUAUGAGAGGUACAUGCAGAAAAGAGAUGCAAAACUGAGGGAGGAGUGGGGUACAAAAAGAUUGGAGAAGGAAGCCAAGUUGAAGGCCAUGCAGGAAAGUCUUGAGCGGAGUAGAGCUGAGAUGAAGGCAAAAUUUUCUUGCUCUGCAGACAGACAAAAUUCCUUGUCUGAUACUCACAGAUGUGCAGAAAAGCUCAGAUCAUUCAAUUUUAAUUCAAGUACGAAGAGAGAACAGCCAGUAGAUUCCAUUCAUAGUGAAGAGGAUGAAGAUCUUUCCGAAUUUCCAGAACAGAUUUAUUAUGGAGAGGACAGAUCAUUCAAUGAGGUGUCUUUAGGGGGCAUUGCUUCUAGAAGCUCUCAAAACAAGAAGCUCUUGCUGAACAGAAAUUCAUCUUCAUCCACCCCUCGCACCACAGUUGUGCCAGUUCCACGGUCAUCAUCCAAAAUUUCCAACCCAAGUUCCGGGAGGCGGAGAGUACAAUCAGAAAAUCCUCUCGCACAGUCUGUUCCAAACUUCUCCGAUUUCAGAAAAGAGAACACAAAGCCCUUGUCUGGAGUUAGCAAAGCAGCAAAUCGCUUGCAGGUGAGAACCUAUGCUCGCAGCAAGAGUUCCAGUGAAGAGAUACCUCUGGCCAAGGAAGAAAAGAACCAGCGGUCUCAAUCCUUGCGCAAAAGCUCUGCCGGUCCUAUUGAGUUCAAGGAUUUGCCCCCAUUAAACUCGGAUGUUGUUUUGGCACCAUUGAAAUUUGAUAAAGAGCAAACUGAGCAGAUCCCAUAUGACAAAUUCUCAAAGAAUGUGGAGUCAAAGCCUUUCCUCAGGAAGGGCAAUGGCAUAGGUCCUGGUUCUGGAGCAACUGUUGCGAAACUGAAAGCUAUGGUAGCAUCUGAGACUUUAAAAAAUGAAGAAUUUGAAGAAUCAGCCUUUGAGGCAGAAGAUUCAGUUGAUGAGUCAAAGGAAGAAGAAGACGAGGGACUUGAAACAACCGAGAUUGAAGAUUGUGCUAAUAUGGAUAAUGGCAAACCAAGACUAAGCCUGGAUUCAGACAAGAUGGGUACAUCUGGAUCCGAGAAUGAUGAAUCUCUGAGAUCUAUUUCUCAAAUUGAUCCUUCUUCAGUUGCUGAAUUGCCUGCGUCUGUGCCUUCAACAUUCCAUGCUGUAGGGUCUCUGCAGGACUCACCUGGGGAAAGCCCUGUGUCAUGGAACUCACGCAUGCAACAUCCAUUUUCCUACCCACAUGAGACCUCAGAUAUUGAUGCUUAUGUGGACUCUCCAAUUGGGAGUCCUGCAUCAUGGAAUUCUCAUUCUCUGACCCAAACAGAGGCUGAUGUAGCUCGGAUGAGGAAGAAGUGGGGAAGUGCGCAGAAACCUAUUCUUGUUGCCAAUUCAUCCCAUAAUCAGUCUCGCAAGGAUGUGACCAAAGGGUUCAAACGGUUGUUAAAGUUUGGAAGGAAAAGUCGUGGGGCAGAGGGUUUGGUUGAUUGGAUUUCUGCUACCACUUCUGAAGGAGAUGAUGAUACAGAAGAUGGGCGAGAUCCUGCCAAUCGGUCAUCAGAAGAUUUGAGGAAGUCAAGAAUGGGAUUCUCACAGGGUCACCCUUCAGAUGAUGGCUUUAAUGAAAGUGAGUUGUUCAAUGAGCAAGUUCAAGCAUUACAUAGCUCCAUACCAGCACCUCCAGCAAACUUUAAAUUGAGGGAUGAUCAUUUGUCUGGAAGCUCUAUUAAAGGGACUAGCUGCAUGAUAGGGGAGGCAUUCGCCCUGCAUGUGUUUCUUACUGAUGUAGGAUUCAGGAACAUGAAACUUCCACUCGAGCACCACGGUCAUUCUUCUCUCUGUCAUCCUUCCGAAGCAAAGGUAGUGACUCAAAGCUUAGAUAAUCACUUAAGAGAAAAGCUUGGAGCUACUCCUGGAAUCAUCAAUCAAGUGAUAGUGUAAAGGGAUUAUAUAUAGGAUACGAACGCAUGUGCUCGAAUAUGUUGUAUAUUGUAUUGAACAAAAAUCGCCUACUGGCGUUCUUGGGAUUUUGGUAGUCUAGGAGCAUUCUUUUUUCUAUUACUCAGUCUCCAGCCGUGUGUGAUGUAUAUGAGAAAUCGAACUCUUGCUAGAAUUAGAGUUGUUGACAACUUAAGGAGAGUGAUGUGAUUAUAUGCGGAGCAAUAGCUUGUAUACAAUGCUUGUUAUUUUA